AUGCGGUUGCGCGCCUGCGCCCAUGCGUGGGGUCGCUGCGCCCUCUGCUCUCGUGGCAGAUUUUCGCAAAGUAGCGUGGAGACAGCGUCACGUUUCUGCAGGGCUUCGGCCUCUCGACUCAGGCCUCCUCAGCCUCUCCUGCGGCAAGCGUUGCCCGCUCAAGCCCCUUGUCCUUCUGGGGUGCUUCCCGGUGUCCGCCGCUUCUCUGCCUCUUCGGCGGAGACGCCGUUACGCGCCGCCUCGCUCGCAGUUUCGUCUUCCGACCCGGUCUCUCCUUCUCUUUUAAAGCUUUCCCUAUCGCACGCUGUCUCUCCGUCGUGGAGGGCGACUCUUCGCGCAGAGUCCUGUGCAGAUCCGGCGACGCGGGCGUUCGCGAGCCCGUGGCAGGCUCACAGCGUGCGGAGACUGCGCCGGGAAAGAGCUGGGGGAAGGCUCAGUCCCGCGGAUGAGGACGCCGUCCCGCUUGAGGCUGGAGCUAGCUCCAGCGGCUCGAUGAGGACGUCAGAGACGGCCUCGCGGGGUCAUGCCGCCGACGGGCAGCACACGUGCGCAGGAGAGGCGCGAGGCCAAGCCGGAAUAGGACUGGAGAAAGAUAUGCAAGGAGUCGAGGACUUCUGGGGGUCAGUGCAGAGCAGAUUCGACCGCAUCCUGCAGACUGCCCCGACGUGCUCUCCAGCUCUAGACCCUCCCACGACGGCGGCCUCGGCGUCUUCGUCCGCGCCUUCGAGUCCGGCGCCGGCCGUCUUUUCGCCUUCUGCUUCCGUGUCUCCGUCUACGCGUCGCUCGGCGGUGUUCCCGACGCCGUUCUCGGACUCCCCUCGCGAGACGCGACUCGAGUGUAUCCUGCCGCUGUCGGCGUCAGCACAGGAGGGAGACGAAGAAGCCUUGCUGCAGCGGUUGCUCCGAGAGCACGGAAUCGUCGGUUCUUGUCGGCAGCGAGGCUCCGCUGCGACAUCCAGUGAAUCGCCUGACCACGCCACACACGUGGAAAACGGAGGAGAGGCUAGCGCGUGGGGAGAACGAGCGGAGGAAGCGACGCUGUUGACGCCUCCACAAGCCCCGACUUCGGUCGCCGAGGCGGUCGGCGGCUCCCAGCGCGUCCCCAUAGAUCCGAACAAGAGCCGCGCGCAGCUCGACGAAGAGGUAAAAGCUGCGAUCUCUCACUUCGUGCCUCAUGCAGUAAAACGGAAGGAAAAGCUGCGCAAAUCCGCGCCAGAGGAAGAAGAGCAGACGGCUUCACACGAACGUGAAAAACCGACGGCCGCCUCGCAGAGAGACAGCUUCCUGGCGGAAGGUCCACAGGAGCAUGGCGACCCCGGAGGAGAGGCGUCUCGCUCACUGGCAAGAGUCUACGACGAGCGCGACGACGCUAGCAAAGACGCCGAUGGAGAGCGAGAAGAUGGAGCCGCAAGACAUGAUCGUGUGGAGUACAUGGGCGACGCAGCAUUCGCCGAGAGCGUCCUGGGGGUGGUGAGUCGACCGCGCGUUUCGGGGCAGUUAAGGCCUGGAAGUCACGCAGACAGACCAAGCGCCCUCGUGGCUCAUGCGUCUGGAGUCUCUGAACGCCUUGACACCAAAGACUCCAGCGCAGAAGAGCAGGACGGCGAGGAAGAAGAGCUGACGCCGGCGCAGCGUUUCUACCGCGACAACCGAGAGCUGCUGCUCAAGCGCGCUCAGGCGUACUAUCACGAGAAGCAGCAGAAAUUGGCACGACAGCCGUCAGAGCCACUUUCGCAGGAACAUGAGACAAACGUAUUUGAAGACGACGAAACAGAGGCAGUCGAUGAUGAGUGGGCCUUCUUCCGCGAGCCCGUCGUUCGUCCGCCUAAAGACCAUCUCUGGGGCGUGGCCUGGCAGCAGCCGGCCGAGAGCCCUGCGACUGGCCAGAGACGCGCCAAAACCGUCGAACUAGAAAGGGGUAGAAUGCCCACUGUGGAAGAAUUUGUUACUAUUCUCCAACAGGAGCACAUGGAGGACAUCCGCGUCGUCGAUUUAGAUGCAUGCGGUCGAAGAGACGUCGCCCGCUUUGCUAUUGUUGGCACGGGCCGCACUCCCGAACACUGCCGAAGAGUAGGCCGCUUGCUGAGUCGCCUUAUUGUCGAGCUUCAGGUUCCCUUCCUCUCUCGAGCUGCGUACUGUCAUAGUAGUCGCGACGACGACUGGGUGAUAGCGCGUUGUGCGCAUAUUCAUCUACACCUUAUGACGAGGACAGUGAGGAGCCAGUACAGACUUGAAGAUCUUUGGCUUCUCCCUCAUGAGCACUUCGGCCCAGACACGUUCCCGGGAUAUUUUGACUGUUCGUAUUCACAUCCGCCUCCUUAUCUCCUCGCCGCUCGCGACGCAGCAGCUGCAUCUUCAGCCUCAGCGGCCCGGGAUAUAGUGGCAUACGAGAGCCUCAUGGAAAGUAAAGACUAUCCGGAUGCUUCUGUGCAUUUUCUGGUUGAAGCAUCAGCCCCGCCGUCUGAAGAAAGCACCUUGCAGCAGACCACAAAUGGACCCUGCUCCACGUGUCAAACGACACGCCAUCCGUCGACCAAGGUGUAA